GUCGCCAUCUUUCUUUCUCAUACGCGGCAUCGCAGUUCAUAUCGGUGGUACCGGCGUAUCUCCCGCGGCACGGAUCCAGUCUGUCGCGACGUCGCGAUUUCGUGCAGAAGAAAUCUCCCAUCCGGAAAGGCAUUGGCCGGAGACGGAUUGAGGUAGAUGAGGCUUGAUUCACGACGAACGCGCUGCGCGGAAAUCUGUCGAUCUCGGCAACACGACGCCACCGCCGAGCGCAUUCGUCGCGCGUAUAAAAUCCGCGAUACGCGACUCGAGAAAGAAGUCUGCCAGCGAGACUCGUGGAGGCGGGGAGGGAGGAGAAGGGGGAGUGGAAAGGAGCGGAACAGCGGGACGGCGCGGAAUUCUAUUCCUCCGUUCCUUGUAUUCGGCACCGGUCCACCUUCCAGAGUUCCAGUAGUGCAGCCUUCCGAUAUAUCCGACCGCGCGCGAUCAACAUGGAUGUGGUAAAUUCCGUUGCUGCGCAUCGUAUUGGUGAGUCAAAUAGCAUUUUAUUCUAAUUUAGGAUAAUGAAUCUAUGAACACUUGGAUUUUUUUUUAUUAAGAAUUAUAGAAUAUAUUACAAUUCAAUAAAUAUCUCUCAUAGAUUCAAUAUCUAAAAAAAUAGGAUAUAAUAUGAUAUAGUUUACACUUUUAUGGAAUGUCGCAAAGUAAAGGACUACUUCAAUUUCUAUAUGAAUAAUACGUAAAUUUUUAAUACGUAUUAGAUGAGUGACAUUUAUGUUUUUAUAAAAAAAAUUAUUAUAUACAUCGUGUUAAGUAUAAUAAUAAAAAAAAAGUGAUUUUAUACACUCACAAUAUCGAACUCUAACAAUUUCGGACAAGACGUCGUAAAUUGUCGUCGUUUUGUAAUUGCGGCAAAGGGGCGUUUUGCCAGGCGAGUAAUUAAAAUCGUAUUUCAAUAUUCUGCCAGCGAGAGAGUAUCCCCGCCGAUUAUUCCGACUGCUCGAUUACAAGGCGCCGUGAGAACAUCGGAUUCCAGGUGUCGGAGUUCCCGUGUGUGCGCAUAUUAUUAUUUCGAUAAUAAUACUAAUUAAGGCGCCUCCAGCCGCUCGUAAUAACACUUUGCACGUAAUGCGCGCUCCUAAUCCGUAGCGGCAUAUGGUCCAACAUGCGAGAUAUCUCGCGCGCGCGGCGUGAUCGCAAUCAUCGCCAACGUUCUUCUUCUCGCUCUCUCGCGCAUUAAAUUCGCCAUUAAAACGCGUGUCCGCCGUUUACCAUGGAUGCAUGUACAUACAUUGCGGUACGGGCUUCCGAUCAGUUGUAGGUCGGAAUAAAGGAAUUAAGAACUUGAUUUACGAGUACUUUCAUGAAUAUUACUUUCCAUACUGUGCACGCACGUUUUGAUUCGUUUUGCAUUCAUCUUUUUUGUUUAAUUGAAAAGGAUUUUUAUUUAUUGACAAAAGGAAAAUAUGCAUGGUUGUUACAAGUUGCACAUAUAUACUAAUUUUUUUGCGAGAACAAAAUGUCCACGAUUCCGCUCGUAAAAAAAUAGAAAAACUUUAAAAAUAUCAAAGUGUUAAUAUAAACAUUUUGUUACGAGUUAUUUUUUUUUAUUUAUCGUUGUUAAUGGCACGACUGUUACCGUGAACAUUAUCGAAGUCCGUCAAUUAAAAAUCCAAUGCUCUUAAAAUCGAUUUUCCUGAACCGUCGUCGUCGACAUAUCUCACCGCUCGCAUCUCCCUCGUUAGCUGUGCGAGCGGAAAGUUGUUAAGUUAUUCGUUAUCCUAAUUAUGCACAUAAUAAAUUACAUGCAAGAACGGCCGUCACACUCGAAUACGCCAUGUGGAUUACCUGGUUACGUGUAUAUGUCGGCCCAUCCAUCGACCGAUGUGAUAUACGUAGAGAGUAGGUCGCGAUGCACGUGUUGCAGACGUAUCCGCCCGAGCACGCACUCUUGGGCUGAGAAUUCUAAGAAACGCGAUAUCGAGUGGAUUCGUCGACGUGCACUUUCGUACGCGAGCUUCCGCUGCAUUCUUUUGCAUCGGUUAAUUAGAUGCUCUAUCUUUACGGUAAUUAAAUCACUUUUUACUCGAUUAAUUAGUAGUCAGCUCGCUUUGCCGCGGAGAGGACGAGUUACAAGGAGCAGCUUCUUGUUAUAUUUCUUCUCGUUACAAGUAUAUUUCUCGUUCGUUUGUCUAUGUUAAUGCUGUCAAAAUAAAUUUAUAAUGUGAGAUAUUCAUAUACCGAUAAGGAUAAAUAAUUUAUUCAUGUGGUUUACUGUCAUCUUUUUCUUGCUCUCUUUCUCUUUGGAAAUUGGAAACAUAUAAUCUCUUUCUUUCUCUCUCCCUCUCUAAUUUCUAUAAUUAUUAAUUGAGAAUAUUUUAAAGAAAAUGUAAUUAAAGAUAUUAAGAUUAUAUUAUCCGAAAUUGAGUUUUGUAGCUACCAAAUAUUAAUAUUAAGAGAUUUUUUUUAUUUUGGGAUGAAACUUUAAUCGAAACGCAAAAUUAUAGUUAUUUUACUGUUGAAAACAAUUGGUUUAAAUAAUAUUUUGCUUUGAUAUUUUGAAUUACCACAAUGUUAUUAUAAGAUGUUGUUAAUGUUAUCUGUAUUGAAUAUGCUAUUAAUGGAAACGCGAUGGUUCUUGAAAACACCUAGCUUUCAGAGUGCUUGUGAGGGACUACAACGUCUCGCACGUAUGCGAGAUGAAUAAAUUAACAAGAGAAAAUCGUGCAACCGUUAUCGCUUGCGAGUUUAGUUUGUUAUCAAUUUUAUUAUAAUACUCUUGUUAAAAACCUUUUUACUAUAUGUGUAUGUUGUAUAACAUCGAGAAAGCGAAACAAUUGCAAUAUUGAUAAAUAUUUCUCAAAAUGACGUAAUUGUACAAAGCAAUUAUGUUUAAUUUCCACUGAGUUUUUUAAUUUAAUUGCUCCAAUACUAUAUAAGAAGUAAUUGAAAAGAACAUCUUAAUGAUAACAUAUAAUGAUAUUAAGUAUGCAAAACAUCCAAU